GCGCGCGAAACUACUCUCCAGAACUCAGGUCAAAUUAUUAGUUUGAAAUAAAUUAGAAAAGUGCAUUUUAAUAUCGAAAUUAAAAUCGUGAAUUUUGCAAUUAUAUUUGCUGCUGAUCGUGUGAUGUUCAAAGGAAGAUGAUGUGUCGGCCCGUCCCUCUGAUGCUGGUGGCGCUUACCACCGCGCUCGCCGCCCCCGCCACUAUGUAUGAUGACUAUCCAGUAGUAGUCCCACAGAAGAGAGCAGCCCUAGUGUUGGACAGACUCCUGAUCGCGCUACAGAAGGCUCUACACGACAGCCCGCCGCGCUACGAGCGGCCGAUCGUAGAAGGGCCCCGCACUGCAGCGUUGCGCAUCGCCGAUGAUGAAAUGACCGGGGUCAGCGCGGGCGGCGAGCGCGAUGAGUGGUUGGGGCCCGAGGAUCUGCGCGUUGCGCCGCUGCGUGUGCCCGCACACGACUACAGCGAUAUGACCGGCCUGCAAAGGCGCGGGCAGUCCGCCGGCGCGCCCGGCGUCCGAGGCAGGGUGCUGCGGUGCUACUUCAACGCUAUCACCUGCUUCUAACACACGUCCAAGUGUAGUUCCUACUUUAUAUUCAUUAUUGUAUUUACCAAUAAACUUGUAUUGCAAAGAGACGUAUAAUGUAACAAUUUUUUUCAUCGGAGAUUAAAUGUUAUCUACGUAUCACUCUGUAUUUGACAUACCAAAUUAUACGAAUAAAUUCCA